AUGUCGACACCGGGUUCUUACUCGACUGGUUCUCUUGACCAUUCAUUCGACCGCUGCCAACCUUAUUCGAGAUUCGCGGCUCGUUCUCAAUGUGCUGGCACUCUCUUCCAUCGAGAUUCCUUCGAAUUGUACAGAGAAAGAACUAUUCGAAGGGCUCAGCGGAUAAACGAGGGCGGUUGGGAAUUCGACGAGGAGGAGGAAGGUGAAGAGAACAAUAAGAAAGCUUCUCUGCUGGGCCGAUUAAUCGCCCGAAUCCGCCAAGCCUGGUCUGCGUUGCCAUGUUCGACGGCUUCAAGAAACCGACAAAAGAACGAAGCAAGAAACUCAAAUACAGAAGAGCCGCACAAUAUUCCUCACGUUAUAACCGCACUACUCGGCGACGAAGUCUUUCAUGAAAAUAUACCUUAUAUCGAGGUUGAAGACGACUCCGACGACGAAGACACUGAAGAUGGCUCACCCGACACAAUCGAUUCGCCUUCUGGACAGGACCCAUCUGGCAGCCUUCAAGGCAACACGCCUAGUAACUUCCAGUCUCCAUUGCCAUUCGAUUUUUCGCAUUCUGGUGUGGCAGAAUUCACUCAUACUCAUCCCCAUCAAAAUUACCAUCAUUCCUCACCCAUGACGGACUUUACUCCUUGCAGCGUCGAAUAUUCUGAUCGGAGCGAACAGCUGACAAGCUUGGCUAAUAGCCUGCCGUCGCCUAAUGAGCAGUGUGCUGGUGCUGGUGCUGGUAACUUAUCUACGAUAGUUCGAUAAUCGAAUAUGAAAUCUUUGAUAUCGUACGAGUCGUCAGUAAAAGGGCCGCUCCACUUGGAAAUCAAUAAGAGAAGGUAAAGGUUACCCAACUCCACCCCGUCAGCUUUAUGUCAGGCGAUACUCUAGCUCUGUUCCCCCCGGGGAGUACUCUAGACGUCUAAAGCGCCAGAGAUGCGCCGCUGUACCUACAUAGUAGUAUAUAGCAGACCAAUAGACGUAAACGUUAUCAUCAUCAUCCACCCCGUCAGCCCGUAAACCCAUUGAUGCCGACGAGGCGACCAUCAAUUUGAAUGAUCCAAGACCUUAAAGCCGAACGAGCCCCGAAGCCUGGCAUGCUAACAUAAAUGACUGUACUGGGUUCUUGUUUCUUUAUGGCCAGUCAUCAGUCUCCAGCUUUCAUGGUUAAUGAAUAAGACCUUUUGCGACUAUGUAUGAGCUGAACUCGAAGGGUUUUAUAAUAGUUAAUUAAUAUAAAGAUUACCUUAUAUAAUAUUAGCGCACUGCAGCCCUGCGUUGUCAAAUCUCCG